AUGUAUUCGAGAAGUACCUCUGGCCCGUCGCAAAUACAUCGCCGUUUUGCUGGUUCCUCCGAUCGCGUUAUUGCCAGCUCCCCGCCGAUUCCUCGCAGAGGCCCGACGAGUGCGUCAUCUACCUCAGCAUCACGCACUCAAGGAUAUUCAGUGUCAUCACGCACUCGUACGUCAAAGGCUGCUUCUCCCUCUGGCUCAAGCUCUGCACCACGGUCCGCCAUCUAUUCGCCCCAGCUACCGCCGCAUCCUCUGCGUCAACGCUUAUCACAACGCCCAGCGCCACCCCGAGGAGCAUCCACCACUCCCGGAUCAAGUGUAGUGGACGGGGACGAUGAUGCCGAUCGUGUGUUGGAAGGGGAUCAUCUUGAUGCGGAUGCCCUGGGCGAGAUCAUUAUGGCCAUAGAUAUGAAUAAGACUGGCAAUCUUGGCUGUGCAUAUUACAUUGCUGCUGAGGAAAAACUCCUACUGCUCGAGGAUGUACCAAUGGCAGGACCUGAGAUAGUAGACACCCUUCUAUUGAACGCGGAGCCGACAACCAUCCUGACACCUUCUCGGGCCUCCGAGACACUACUCUGCAUACUCCGCAAAGGCGCUCAGGGUGUUGAGCGAAGCGAUGGAGGCGGUGCCAACUUUGGAUCCUACGUCUUGAGGUCUCUCACCACAUCCGAGUUUAAAUACGAGUCAGCUAAAGAAAAGCUUCUUGGUCUAUAUAUUGAGUCACGAGAGGAGCAGGGAAUGAUCUUCGCAUCUGUUGUCGAUGAGCAGGCAGACGACCAGCACGACCAGCACGGCUCGAUGCUAGGCUCGCUAAUGAGACUUGGCACCUCAAUCAACCUCGAAAGCCAGUUGAGUAUUGGAUGCGCUGGUGCUGUUCUAAGCGAUCUUAAUCGAAGGAGGACUGCAGAAUACCUUCCAGGUGAUCUCGAUGCAACCAUUGCUUUCAGAAUCAAAUCGAUCGAGAUGUUCAAGCUGUUUGACUCAAUGUUUGUCAGCGCAGAUACAUUGGCCUCAUUGCAGAUUCUCCGAUCAGAGUUCCAUCCCAACAGUCAGAUGCGAGGACCAGAUGGGUCAAGUUCUGGAGCAAAAGAAAGCCUGUCCGUCUACGGGCUUUUCCAUUACCUAGCCUGCACACCACAGGGGAAGUCAAAGCUCCGUCAGAUCUUCUUGCGACCCAGCAUUGAUCUCGACUUCAUCAAAAGCCGGCAACUUGCAAUAUCCUUUCUUCUGAGAUCUGACAACUCAGACCUAAUCAAGAGACUCUCGAAGGAAUUGCGCAAGAUCAAGAAUAUGCGGACAACCAUUGCCUUCCUUCAAAAAGGUGUAGAUUUACCUGGAAAGAAGGCCUCGAUGGCGAGCAAUGUGUGGUUGACAAUCCAACGUUUCGCCCACAAUGCCCUCAACAUUCAGAGCACUCUUGCCGAGAUGCAAGGCUCUGCGAUGGUUGAAGUGGUCACGAAGGUUUUACGCACAAUCCAAAGUCGACCUCUGCACCAUAUUGGAGAACUCAUCACUCGAGUAGUCGACUUUGAACAGUCAAGGGAGCGAAAAAGAACUGCAGUGAAGCAUGGCGUUGACGCCAAUCUAGAUGAGCUGAAGCGAAGUUAUCAUGGAAUGGAGCAUUUCCUGACAGAGGUGAAUAUCAAGCUUCGAGCAGAUAUUCCUGAAUGGGCUCAGAACUACGUCCAGGGCUGCGUAUUCUAUCCCCAACUGGGCUUUCUCACAGUUGUUGCGGUCAAUCCUGAGAAUGGUCUUCCGAGGUACGAAGGGCAAAAUGCUCAGGAUAUCUGGAAGUGCAUCUUUACAGAUGACAACGUCGUGUAUUGCAAGAAUCCAAGAAUGAACGAGAUGGAUCAUCAUUUUGGGGAUGCAUACUGCAUGAUCAUCGACCGAGAGAUAGAGAUCCUACACCAGCUCUCGGCCCAGGUACUCGAUCACGAGAGUGCCAUCCUCGCUGCCUCAGACAUCAUAGGGGAGCUGGACAGCCUCCUCGCUCUCGCAGUUGGCUCACGCAAGUACAAUUGGACUGCACCAAUGAUGACCAAUGAAAACGUCUUGCACAUUGAGGGUGGCCGACACCCCUUACAGGAACUUGUGGUUCCGUCUUUCAUCGCAAAUGACUGCCACAUGACUGGUGGCAGCGAGCGCCUUGACGAAGAAGUCGCUCAAAGGGAAUCGAUGGUGAGCCAGGGCGUCCCAAGCACACUCAUUCUCACAGGUCCCAACCAUUCGGGUAAGAGCGUGUAUCUAAAGCAAGUCGCUCUGAUCGUUUACCUGGCGCACAUAGGUUGCUAUGUGCCAGCCGAGAAAGCUAUCAUUGGAAUCACCGAUCGGAUCUUGACACGGAUAGCUACCCGUGAGAGUGUAUCGAGGAACGAGAGUGCGUUCGCGAUAGACCUCAGACAAGCCGCAUUCGCAAUCAAUUUUGCCAGUCGUCGAAGUCUCAUCUUGGUGGACGAAUUUGGGAAGGGCACAAAUACGGUUGAUGGUGCUGGGUUAAUGGCAGCAUUGUUGCACCAUUUUAGCGCUCUCGGAUCAGAAAGACCGAAGCUUUUGGCGGCUACGCAUUUCCAUGAGAUCUUCGAGGCCGGUUGCCUCCGAGAGAGUGUAGAGCUUGCCUUUGCGCACAUGGAAGUCCAUGUGGAUUUCGAUACGCCAGUCGAGGAAGACCAGGUAACAUACCUUUUCAACUUGAAGGCGGGUCGGAGUGUCUCAAGCUUUGGAAGCAGGUGCGCUGCAAUGAAUGGUAUUGAUCAAGCCAUUGUUGACAGGGCAGAAGCAAUAAUGCUAUUGCUGGUUCGCGGAGAAGAUUUAGAGGCUGCUUGCUCGAAAUUGUCAGAGGAAGAGGAGUACAAACUCCAAAAAGCAGAGGACAUUGCUCGAGCCUUCUUGGAACAAGACAUUGAGGUCCCGAGCCGAAAGGGCAAGAGAAGGGAAGGGCAUUAUCGCAACAUUCUUCGGGGCAUCCUGGCUGCCAGUGAGGAGUCGUCAAUGUUGAGCUUUGCAUAA